CACCCAUCGAUGAUGUGCCCAAACUCCAAAGAGAACUGUCAAAGUCAUGUGUGUUGCUCUCUGGGUGUUCGGCGCGAUUUGCAUAACAUUUCACAAUAUUUCGGUGCAAGGAAGGUGAAAUAAUAAAUCACAUCAAGAAUGGCACCGGUUAGACUGCGAGGAAAGAAUUACGCGCUGUUUAUUGGAAGCAUCGUGGGACUGAUUGGAUUGGCAUGCUACCCGAUCAUCAUCCAACCAAUGUUGCACCCAGAGGAAUACAAGAAAAUUCAGCAAAUCAACCGAGCAAAUAUUCGACAGGAAGAAAUCCAGCCUGGAAAUAUGAGGGUGUGGAGUGAUCCCUUUAAGCCAAGAGAAGAUAAAUAAGUAAUUAAUGCCCAUGGCCUUGUAAGCUUA